GUUGCCUUCUGCCUAGGUGUUAGUGCUCAUGAUGUCAGACCGAUUACAGAGCCCCUUACAGAGGUCAUCUGCGCUCAAAGGAGUGGCCACAGACAUUAGCCAACUGAUGGAGAAUCUUGACACCAAUGAGUUACGUUUGGAAGGAGAUGAUGUGGACUUCGAUUCUGGCAAUGAUGCAAGACAAUCCAUGCUAUAUAAAUGCAAAUUACGACUUUUAUUUCUACAGAUGGAAUUUAUUGGCAUCAGUCAGCUCUCAUUCAUUCAUCAUCUGGGACCUAAGGGCCUGGAAGGUUAUGUGAUGAAACGUUCUGGGGGACACAGGAUUCCAGGCCUCAACUGUUGCGGGAGAAGUCAAGUCUGUUAUCGUUGGUCCAAGAGAUGGCUGGUAGUGAAAGAUUCCUUCCUCCUGUACAUGAAACCAGACUCAGGAGCUAUUGCCUUUGUUCUACUCGUGGACAAAGAAUUCAGCAUCAAAUUGGGAGCCAAAGACACUGAGACAAAAUAUGGCAUCAGAAUCGACAAUUUAUCCAGGACUUUGAUCAUCAAAUGCAACAAUUACCGUCAUGCUCGCUGGUGGGGUCAAGAGAUUGAAGAGUUAAUUCAGAAACAUGCUAAAGCCUUCCUUGAAGACCAGCGUUUCAAAUCCUUUGGAGCCGUGCAUGAAAAUACACUAUGCAAAUGGUAUGUCAACGCUAAAGGAUACUUUGAAGAUUUGGCAGAUGCUUUGGAAGAUGCAAGAGAGGAAAUAUUCAUCACAGAUUGGUGGCUGAGUCCGGAAAUCUUUCUCAAGAGGCCCGUGGUGGAAGGGAAUUAUUGGAGGCUGGACUACGUACUCAAACGCAAAGCUCAACAAGGGGUGAAGAUUUUUGUGAUUCUCUACAAAGAGGUGGAGCUUGCUCUCGGCAUCAACAGUGAAUAUAGCAAGCGGACACUAAUGCAUCUUCACCCCAACAUUAAGGUGAUGAGACACCCAGACCAUGUCUCCUCCUCUGUAUAUCUGUGGGCACACCAUGAGAAGAUUGUCGUCAUUGACCAGUCAGUUGCAUUUGUUGGUGGCAUUGACUUGGCAUACGGAAGGUGGGAUGAUGAUGAGCAUCGGCUGACCGAUGUGGGCAGUGUCUCACGGAAUGUUUGCUCUCAGUCCAUUGCGUCCAACAACCAAAUGCCAUUCACUACCCCUGCUGGGGGCGAGGAAGACCAGAAGACCAAAGCAAAGGUGACACUCGAAAAGACUGCUGAGGGAGACGAUGAGGUGGAACCAUCCAGGAUGAAGGGUAUCGGCAAGUCCAGAAAAUCCUUCCCGAUGCUGAGCCUGGUCAGACAACUGCAACGACAGAACUUGGAGCACUGCGACAGUGUGAGUAGCAUCGAUAGCUCGGAGCAUGGUUGGUUUAACUCUUCCAACAGCCAAUGGAACUUAAUCAGGGAUAGGUUGCCCAACUUGAAGAGAUUGUAUCACCGUACCAGUAAUCCCGGCCCCUCUCGAUCGGAGAACGACAGGAGCUCAGCAUGUGGUCCACACGCAAAUAUUGAAGAGUUGGUCGGACAGACAAGGUUCUGGCAUGGAAAGGACUAUUGCAACUUUGUCUACAAGGACUGGGUCCAGUUGGACAAACCAUUUGACGAUUUCAUCGACCGCUAUAACACUCCCAGAAUGCCUUGGCAUGACAUCGCUGCAGUAGUGCAUGGGAAGGCCGCUCGCAGUGUGGCACGGCAUUUCAUCCAACGCUGGAACUUCACAAAGAUCGUUAAAGCAAAAUAUCGGCCUCUCUCCUACCCAUAUCUCGUGCCAAAAUCAAUGUCAACAGCAAAUGAGUUGAGAUACCAAGUGCCUGGAUCAGUCCACGCUCGAGUGCAGGUGCUGCGAUCAGCUGCUGAUUGGUCAUGUGGGAUUAAAUAUCACGAGGAAUCGAUUCACAAUGCAUACAUACAUGUGAUUGAAAAUAGUAAACACUACAUCUACAUUGAGAACCAGUUCUUCAUCAGUUGUGCAGACAACAAAUACAUCUUCAAUAAAAUUGGCGAUGCCAUUGUACAGCGAAUCCUGAGAGCUUACAGGGAAGGAAAUCUGCCAUCCUUACCAGUCUUCCGGUGUCUCCCAUCGGAUCUUGUGCGGAACAACAUUGAGUUAGCAGAGUUCAGCGCUAAGGCGGGCCUGCAUGAAGAAGAUCCAGAAAGAGCUGUGGAAGAAUUGAAGAAGAUCCGAGGAUUCUUGGUACAAUUCCCGUUCUGCUUCUUGUCUGAGGAGAAUCUCCUUCCAGCGUUGAGUACGAAAGAGCGGAUGGUCCCAAUGGAGGUGUGGACAUGAGGGAGCGAGAGAGAAGAAGAGAGAAUGUGGGAGGUGCUUUGUCCAUGAACUGGUUAUCUUCCUAUUGUGUCCAAUACUGGUGAAAGUAUCUAUUGGAGACCAACAUUACAGUGAAGAGUUGAGGAGUUAGAUCAGUGGUUUCAUCACUCAGGACAUUCAACCUCUUGGCUGUAGUGCUAAAAGACAAAUAGGAUCCAUCAACUCAACAUUCAACCCAGGGACAAUGAAGUACAGCCUCUGAAGAUUUUUAAUUCUUGUUAUUACUCAAAGCAGACACUAAAUAUGGAGGAAUUCAAACUCUUGAAACUCUGUUUCUAUCAGAACUUUUUGAAGAUUUUUUGAACUUUCUCUUGGUGUAAAUUGUGUUUUCCUCAUGGCGCACAUGUGGGUCGAUGCUGCGGGGUGGAACCUCACGUUUUCUCUGAUGCUGCCACUUGCCUAGUUCAACUGAACAAUGAUCAAUCUUUGUUUAGAGUUCCAGUAACUCUACCUCAGAUUGUUCCACAGUCUUGACCUCCCUGCCAGGUCUCCAUUUUCCCAACUGAUCCCACAUACGGCCUGUUUCUUUUUUUGUCACUUUUAGUGCCUUGAGAAUGUCUCCAAAGAGUUGUUGCUCUCAGUUUUAUUGUACUAUGUAAUGUCAGAAAUAUUUCUGUCAGGGGAGCCAUUUCACCUCCUCCUUUCCACAUUAUCCAAGCCCCGACCUACUGAACUCUACACAGCCAGAUCCAAGUUAGGGCAAUUUUGUCUCCCAGUAGUCACAGCACAGAAACAGGAGAUUUGGCCUUUCUGCUCCCUGCUGGUGUUUAUGCACUACACAAACCUCCUCCCACAUUUCUUCAUCUCUCCCUUUCUCCCUCAAUUUAUUCAGCUUCCCCUUAAAUCAAUUUGUACUAUUCACCUCCCUCUGAUCGUGAACUCCACAUUCUCAGCUGCUUCCAAAACAAAAUUGCCACCUCUGUCACCAGGGAGAGAGAUAUCGCACUGCUUUCAGUUCUUGUUUCUUUAGAGCAACAAGGUAAUCAUUGCCAGUUCCGAAGAAUAUACGUAUUUGAGUUGAAGUAUAAACUCCGAUCCUCUUUCCACAAAGGUGAAUUUCUCCAGCACUUUCUGUUUUUAUUUCAAAUCUUCAGCAUCCACAAUGUGUGGAUUGUAUUUUAUUAUUAUGAAAUAUAAUAGGUAAUGUUUAGUUUUAAAUGGCAGUUAACUGUUGGUCAACCUGUAACUGCGGUUUCUCCAUGCCAAUGCCUCUCCCAAUCAGAGUCCGCUUGCCAACUAAACAGCACUGUCUUCUCAUACAGUAGGAAUGUGUUCAUCCCUUUUACUUUGGUAUACUUCUUAUGAAUUGUCUUGUUAAAUGCAAGAUGAAAACUUCAGCAAAAUCCAUCUUUUGUCAGUAAUAGUUUAAUUUUAUUGAGGGAAAUAAUUAAUUUGGUCAAAAAAGGAUUCAUCGCUGGAUUGCAGUCUGCUUUCACCCAGCAGGUGACAGUACAGAGUCCCGACCUGAAACGUCAACUUUCCUGUUCCUCUGAUGCUGCCUGACCUGUUGUGUUCCUCCAGCUGCACACUGUCUUAUCUCUGACUCCAGCAUCUGCAGUUCUCGCUAUGACAGUACAGCUCUCUCUGGUUGUCCUUUCUCUCCAUCAUUCUUAAAAUUCUCCCCAUCGCAAGGUGACGUUCCUCAUGCUUGUAGUAGAAAUAAAUGCAAAUGUGAAAAUGCUCAUGUUAGAAGCAGAGUAAAGCACCUGUCUUUAGCCACCUCACCAGUCCCACUCUGGUCAGGUACAAUAUGGGUUAGCUACAGUGUAAAUGGUACAAUCCAGGCUGGCCAUUACUGAGGGAGUGCUGCACAGUCAAAGGUGCUCGCUUGCAGCUAAAAUAUUAAAUUGUGGACCUUCAGAGAUUCUAUGGCAAUAUACAGAGGGCAGAAGAUUCAUUAAAAACAUGAGAAUGUGCUGUUUAGCUCACUGCUGUUCACAGUGCCUCAUUGUUCCUGGGUCAAGUAUAGAGUAGGAUACAAAGUAAAUCAUACACCAUUCCAAAGCAUUUUUUUUCCAUUUUGUGACUCCUUAGUUCCUUCAUAGAAUCCCUACAGGGUGAAAAGAGGCCAUUCAGCCCAUCAAAUCUGCAUUGACCCUCAAAGAGCAACUGAACCAGUCCUGUAUUUACCAUGACUAAUCCAUCUAACCUGCACAUAACAGGAUAAUUUGCCACACCCAAUCCACCUAACCAGCACAGCUUUGGACUGUGGGAGAAAACCUGCACAGACGCAGGGAGAAUGUGCAAACUCCCCACAGACAGUUGCCUGAGGCUGGAAUUGAACCCAGGUCCCUGGCACUGAGUGGCAGCUGUGCUAACUACUGAGCCACCGUGCCACCACACCUCUGUUCUGUACUGAAUUAGGAAAAAAGGAUUGUGUUGUGUUUUAGCAAAUUUAUGCCACCCUGAACUUAUAACUGACCAGAGACAGACUUUCAUCACUGCCUGGAUCAAGUUUGAACCCAGUACCAAGUAGUCUAAAGGCACAUCCUUUUUACAGUACUCUUAAUCCAGUAAAACAUUCCAAGGAGCUUCCCAGGAUGGAUUAUCAAGCAAAAUUAACACUCAACCACAAGAGACACGAGAACAGGGGACCAGAAACAUGAUCAAUGAUAAGAGAUAACAAGGUGUAGAGCUGGAUGAACACAGCAGCCAAGCAGCAUCAGAGGAGCAAGAAGGCUGACGUUUCAGGCCUAGACCCUUUAAUGAGACCCUUCUUCAGAAACAUGAUCAAUGCGAUGGUUUUAUGGACCGUCUGAAAGGAGGGCAGGCAGAGGGUAAUAGUGAGGGAAUUCUAAACCAGAGCAAUCAGGGAGCUUAAGGCACGGGCACCCGUGAAGGAGCAGUUCAGAAUGAGCAGCCUCAAGAGGCCAGAAUUGGAGGGAUGCAGAGAUCUCAAAGGGCUGGGGGGGAGACAAGUGAGAUAGAGAACAACCAGGCAAUGAAGUGACUUGAAGAUAAGGAAGGACAUUUUAAAAUUGAGGUGUUACCAGUUUGGACCCUAAUGGGUCAAUAAGCACAGGGGUUUGCUGAUGGUAUUGACAGGACUUAGUGCGAGUUAUGGGUUUCUGCUGCAUUUAUGUACAGUUAAAGAUGGGAGAAUGGUUAGGGAGCUUGGGAUAUUCCAGUCGUUAAGUGACAAAGUGACAAGGAUGAGAGUUUCAGUCAAGGCAAGUAUGGUAAUGGGCAGUUCUGCUAAUGAAGGGGAAGCAGAAGCAAAGUCUCUUUGGAAGGAUUGGAUGAAGUACUGUCAACCAGUGCUGUGGUUUUACCAACAACAACUUUGUUAGCACUUUUAAUGUAGUAAAAUGCCCCAACAGCUGCACUAUUGAAGAAAAUUUGACACUGAGCCACAUGAGGAAAUAGUGAUCAAGCUCAGCCCAUGAGAUGGGUGUUAUGGAAAAUUCUAAAGAAAGAUGCAAAAGUGGAGAGGCUUAGGAAGGAAAUCACUAAUCCUGAGGGUCUUGGCGAUUGAAGGCGCAUUAACCAGUAAGUGGGGACAUACAAGAGGCUAGAAUCGAUGUUGCUCAGUCCCUCCACUACCCUCUGCACACUACAAAGUAAUUUGCUGAGUGCAGCUGAUCUCACUCUAACUGAGCAGCUUGUUAAUUCGUCCUGUACACAAAGUGUCUCUGUUACUGCCAGUGGCUUUUUGAACUGAGCUGGGAUAUAAACAGCAGCAAAACAAAAAUGAAACCCUCAGACUAUAAAGAUUCCAAGAUUCCUCCUGAUUUUGCUGGUCAGCCCUUGUACUCCAGAACUAGAGGUUAUGUUUAAAAUCAGGGGACCUCCUAUUUCAGACAGAGGUAUGGAGAGUAUUCUGCGUCGUUGGAAUGCUCUGUGAAGGUGGGGGAAGCAGAAUCAUUGGAUAUUUUGAAAGCAGAGAUGUUUACAUUCUUGAUAAGCAAGAUGGAUGAAAGGUUAUCAGAGGUAUAUGGGAAUGUGAAUUUGGGGUCACAAUCAGAUCAGCCAUUAUCUUAUUAAAUGAGGAGCUGAAUGGUUCCUUAUUCAUACGUAUGCUCAAAUGUACUUCAAAAUCAUUGAUAUUUUAUCAAGUGCUUUUCCAUUUUCACAAUGUAAACCAAACCAUUAGCUGCUUUAUCUAAUUUAUAUUUUCCUGUAAUGAGGUGAUCAAAGUGAGGUAUUAUUUAAGACAUUGGAUGAUAUCAGUGGCUAUCCUUUGCCAGUUCCUGGUACCCAUGUGUGGAUAUGGCUGGUGUAACUGUAAAGCUGCGACUGUGGAAAUGGAUAGUUGGAACUCUGAUUAAGAGCCGGUGUUGUUUCCUAGUCAAUAAAGGACUCUAACAGCCAGAUAUUUGGAUCAGAUGUGCAGCCUGCUUAAGUAGGUAUCCUAUAGAGGCUAUAACCUUUGACCAUGUAAAUAUCACACUGAGACUCUGUACCAUGGUGAAAACUGUUUCCUGCAACCCAAUCAUCAGAAAUAUAAAGUCCAGAAACAAGAGUCAUGUAACCAUCACUAAUCCAUUGAAACAAACUGGUUAUUCAUAACUUUUUUCAUAAAAUAAAUGAUCUAUCAUUACUGUC